AUGCUUUAUGUACAGUUGUCAAGUACCUCUAGAAGCAACAACAGCAUCCACUGUCAAGUUAUUGUUGGACCUGUUACUUGUACAGCUCAAUACAAGAGGCACAGCAGUAAUGGAACAUGGUCUCCUUAUUUCUUUAUCUCACCUGAUCUACCACCAGUAUAUGCACUUCAAGUACUACUGGAGAAAGUUCAUGCUUGGACUCAUCUUCCUUGGUUUGUGUUUAAACAUUUUCAUACUUACAUAUUAUAUUAUUUUUUAACACACUUGGAAAACAUACAGGAAAACAUUUUGCUGGACAAUUCUCCCCAUGUGAUAAUUUUUUUUGACAGAAAAAAUCCUUUAACUGGGAAAGAAAUUCUGUACUGGUAACUUGCUGAAUAUAAAUUCAAAAGGUUUAGAUAUAAAUUUGUGCAUGAUGAUUCAACAACAAAGUGACCUUGAUGUUUAAUGUAUCCUAUUCAUAGCACAUGAGCAGACAUGUCUCUCUGACAUGCAGGGCUGUCAGUAAGGGCCGGUAGCCAGCCAAUACUGCCGGCUAGUUAGCCAUAUUUAGCUGGCUACUUUUAUCUCCUUCUACCAUAACUACUAAUAAAAAAUAAGCACCGUUGAUUGUAAAGCAUCCAUUUCCCAGUUUUGAAUGACAUUGAAUGCAUAUUCUAACAGCUUUAGAUCUGUGAAACGUUCGAACCGUGUGAUGUCUUGGAAUGCCUGGGACAUUUCGACAGCAUUGUUCUCAAUCUUGCGUGUAUUCUGACCAAACAACAUGGCAUCCGCGGUGGAAAAUACCUCUUGAAAACCCCUGGAAGCGCCAUUUUCAAGACUCUAAUUUUCAAAAUGUUCCUAGAUGCCUCGGCCCUCAAGAACUUGUGCCUUUGGUGCGAGUUCCAAAGCCACCUACUAUUCAUUAUCAGCCUGCUACUUAAAACCUUUUUGACAGCCCUGGACAUGUGCCCUAGUGUGCACCAACUUUACAUGGUUAACGCUGAUCACCAAUUGUUCCUGAAUUGGGGAAUACAUACAAAUGUUCCUCUUAUUAGUAAUGAAGACAAAACAUAAAUAACAAAAAAAGGUUUGGCCAAUGUUUAAAAUACAGGACAGUAUUUUUAUAGUGCAAUAUUGGAAAUGGGCUUUAGUGCUCUUCUGAUAAGAACAAUUGUUUCUGAGUAAGGGAUUAUAUACCUCUUAUUAGCUGAUUUUGAGGCCACACUGUAGAUUAUAAAUCAUGAUUUUCCUGUACAAGCGAUUUUCUUUUUUAUUCCCAACAAAUCAUAUUUUGUAGAAGAUUUGCCACAUUUACAUGUGCCAUAGAUAGGGAAUGUUCUUGCUUUGUUUCUUUGCAGGUGGGCAGUAAUUAUUGGCUCCACAGCUGCGUUAAGGAGUGUUAUAACAGUUCCCUUGGCAAUACACCAGAACAAACUUAUUGCUGAAAUUGAACUGCGACAGCCAACUGUCAGCAUGAUGACGGAGGCUUUGAAACACAGAGUGGUUAGUGAAUGCCGUAGGCUAGGUGUAUCAGCUGAUGAAGCAGACAAGCUGUUCAAGAAGAGGGUAAGGAUGUAUGUAGGAAUAACUAUUUCCUGAGGUAAUAUAUAGUACUUAUUAAUCAAGGCCUUGAUCAAUGAAAAAAAAAGGGGUUAAUAAGUUAUUUAUUAUAUGGCCUUUUCAUUAUGGACCUGAGCCUGCGAUCAAUAAUUAAAACCAACCACUGGUUAGUGGAUAACUUAAAAAGACACAUCACCUCAAUGAGUUGUAAACUUGAGCCCAUGAUACAGUCAGGUGACACUGGUCAGCACAUACCUUUUUUGACAGCUGUCAAUUGACUGUAACAUGGAUGUCCAUAAGGAUGUCCACUAUCAAGUUAAACACAGAUUGUAUAUGCCUUGGACACCUAGCUAGUAAUGCACGGUCAUUACAAGAAAACAGCUAAUCCGAGCGGCUCACACGUACUAUUGUAGCCAUAUAUUAAUAACAGGAAACAGUUAAUUUUGAAACAAAAUUAACUGUUCCCUGAGGGACCAGCCUUUAAGUGAUUUGUCAUAUAGCUGGAAAUUUUGAAGCUGGAAAUUCAUUCAACCAUGCUGUAACGGCAGCCCUCGGUUAACAUUCCUGGGUAAAAGUGCACUGUUACGCGCUGACAGCAUACAAACUUUAGAUAUUGCACUGGUGCCUUCUCAGAGAUUUUGCCGGGAAACAGUUUCAUUGGUAGAUGUCAUGUGACCUCAAAGUAAUCAAUGAGAGUGCGCACUGUUGGGAGAUAAUUUCCAGUUUUACAACAAAGGUGAAUAACCACCCUGAGAAUUUCAAAUGUAGUCAUCACCUCAACUGGCUCCAUGGGGAUCAAUAAGUUACAGACUGAGUUCAGCUGAGAAUGUCAUUGCAUUUUUUUACAAUAUGGUCACCAAUAGCAGUUAGCAACUGGCCUUAAAUAUUUGUUCCUAUCAAUGUAGCUUUUCAGCAGCCUUUGCUUAUUAAGUUUUAAUAAAAUGAGGUUUUAAGUUUGAAGCUUUGAGAUUAUUUUUUUCACCAGUUUUCUGGUACCCAUUGAGGUUUUUAUUUUGUAUCAUAUCCAUCAUGAUUCUGAUUCUUUGUGUUAGAUAAAGACUAGGAUAAAAAAUUAACCCCAAAAAAUAACCACUGCAUGCUACACAGUAAUUUUAUUACCUCUGUGUCCUGUGUCCCUGACGCAUAAAAAUCCCCAAAGACGGAAAAUAAUGGCAGUUAUUCAUUGCAUUCGUGCCAUAGGACGCAAAGAUCGAUCGAUCGAUCUGAAUGUGAGUAUUUGUAGAAAUAUCCCAUUUGUGUAAUUUCUGUGGCAUUUAUUACACCAUGGCUGUUGUUUAACGGUGCAUAUCUCUUUUAGCCUUUGUUGUGCUUUAAAAUAGAAGGACUAAGUAUACGGUAAUACAGAGUUUUGGAUUCUGUCUUUGAUUCUGUCCAGAUUAACUGUCUGGUUGUCUAGUUACAUGCAGCGGCAGAAAACUGAACAAAAAUUUUUGGAGACUAGGACCCCCCCGCUAUCUCAGGAUCUGGAUCUUUAUUUUUUAAAAACGGGACUAAUUGGUUCUGGACUGGGACUCAUGAGUUUUCACAAGAUGAGUCCCAGGACUCACCAUAACUAUUUGUAUCAAAAUCACUGGCUGCAUAGGCUAAUAUAUUGUAGGAAAAGUGUGGUGGUACCUAGCCAACAUUAUCUCAACACUGAGAGACAAACAAAAAGUGGGUUCAUAUUAAACUUGGGCAUUUAAUCCCCUCAGCCAGUCAUUAUUUUGCUAUACUCCUUUGCUCAGAACUUCACCAAUUUUUUUACUUGCCACUACAACAUAAUAACUUGCUGGUAUUAUUUCUUUCCAUUGUCUAGCAUCGUAAAAUGAUAUACGACUACUACCAGUCUGAGGGGUGCAAUCCAAUGAAAAUGUACAUUUUGCCUUGGAUCCAACUGCCUCUGUGGUUCUUUUUAUCCUUGUCAUUCAGAAACCUGACAGGAUUUUUUCCAUCUCAGAGAAAAGCAGGUACAAUGAUAAAAUGU